AUGUCUGCUCAUAUCGCAGCUGGCAGUGGCUCACACCCCACCAAACCCGUCACUCGAAGUUCACUUCGACAAUCGUUGAAUCUAACUUCUGUUGGCAAAGCUCUCGCGGACGUCAUGUAUAAAGAUGGGCGCGACGGUGGGGGAGACAAAGAGAAAGCGAUGAAGAAGACGAAGGAAGUCCACUCGCGGAGAUCUAGCGCUAUCAACAUCUCUCAACUCCCAUCCCGUUCAUCCACUGAUAAGCCGUUGAUGAAGAACGAUGUUGACAUAGAUGCGAAAUCCAAGACCCUCACUCGCCAAACUCGCAGAUUGUCUGCUAUCAAGAAGCCAGCCAUGACAGACUCGGACGAGACUUCCUCGUCACCCUCAGGCUCUCAGACCCCCAAGACUACGCUCAGUCGGGCAUCCUCCCUUCGUCCCCGAGCACCUAAUGGUACAUCCGCUCUUCCAAAAUAUAGGCCUAAAUCUAUAUUGGGGGAGCCAGGGACUACCAAGAAGCCACCGUCGCCGUCACGUUUGACUAUGACCUUGAGAUCCCGAGCCAAUGUUGCCAUGGAAGAGAAGGAGUCCGAAAGUGACGACAGAUCCUCUAGUGCGCUGGAGUCUCCCCCUUCGACCAAAAAGCUGGGACGCUCCGUGAGUCCUAUUCCUCACUCGGCGGCGUUGAGAGUCAAUCUUUCAAACGCUAUCAAUGUGAGCCCUCAAACGCCGGAGAAGAAAGGUAGAAUGCUAGCACACAAGCGAUCUCCUCCUCCUUCACCCUCUCCCCGUCACGGUUCCGCUCGUCCCUCUAAAUCCGCAAAGACUUCAUCGCAUGCUUCUGCCACUCGGUCAAAUCUUUCCCGCCCACCGUCUUCGGCAUCGUCGGCAUCAUCGAAUACUCCUCGUACGCCGAAGAAUAAUUUGUUCAGUGCAAUCAAGAAGUCGUCAGAUACAACUAGCCAGAGGAGCACACCUAGUCCUAGUCCUUUGCGUAGCGCUAUCGGGCCUGAGAUCCCUCUGCUGCAACAAUUUUCCGGGCGCAAAGGUACCCAAUCCACAUCUACCAACCACCAGCGUUCAUCAGUGACUCCCACGCCCACUUCUUUUGUUGAAGGAACCAGCUUCGACAGCAUCGAGGCUGACGAUGUCGAGUUCAUGCUUGCAUCUGUUGCCUCGCCCACCGCGCCUACGCCCGCUCUGCCUAGAUUCCGCUUAACGGGCGACCGAGGUCAACAGGACCCCCACACCCCUUCUCGCCCUUUCCUACCCUCCAGGGCCAAUUUGUCCUAUUUGUCGCCUGAAGCACCCUCAUCAACUAACAGCUCUCCCUUCUUGCGUCCGCUCCGUCAUCAAGCUGGCAACGACAGAGGGUCAAUCCUGUCAUGGGAACAGCUAGCUAAACACAGUAGAACCUUGCAAGAUGAUGAUGUCGAACACAUGCUCUCCGAGAUCCCAGCACCGUUCCGCUCUGGCGCUAUCUCACCGAGCCUCAGCCUAAGCACUCAAGACGUGCCGGAAAGCCCGUCCUUGAGUGCUAUGCCAUCUCCUACAGGUUACGGGUCCAUUUCUCAGGUUCUACUUCCCGAUGUCACGCCUUCGCCAGCCGUCCACAACACAACCGCAAGAUUUGACAGUUUAACAGCGGAUGCAUCGGUCGAGGAUGGCGCGAGCAUGACUCUGCUUCGUUUACAAUUAGCAUCUGCGGAGACGAAAGCUCGCGACCGGCUCGCGGAAAUCGAGUCGCUCGAGAGCCAGCUACAGACAGCGAAGGCGGCUCGCCUUCGCGAUACGGAAGAGCUAGCGAAGCAGAUCUCUCAACUCGAAGACCAAAUCCAUGGAAACUUGCACGUCGACAAUGAGCGCAUGACGUACAUCACUUCGCUUGAGGAGCAACUUCACCAUGCGCAAGCUGUGCGGGAGCAGGCCGUCCAGGAAACCCUGCAGCAGAUGCAUCAACGUGUUCGAAUGACGCAGGAGGCCACUCUUAAAGCUCAGCAGGAGAAGUGGCAGCUGAUGUGUCAUGCUCAGCAAGCCGCCGAGGCGUGGGGUGGUGUGCACGACACAGCGGAGGGGGAGCUCGAUCUUAUCAGGGCUAGCAAAGAAAUGCUUGCGGUGCUACUGGCCGGGUUGGACCACAGUCAUCAACAGCUACUCUCUGUAUCUAUGUGA